UCGGGCCCGCGCGUCCUCGCCCCUCCGGCCGCCGUCCCGCGGACAUGACCGCGUAGCCUCCUCCUGGGUUGGUAUUUGCGGUAAAGUCUUCUUCAUGGAAGCGAUGUCCCCCCAGCAGGAGACUCUAGGGGGGCAGCCGGGGCGCUCCUCUUCCCUGACAGGCGUGUCUCGGAUCGCGGGAGGCCCCGGCACCAAGAAGAAAAUGAAAACACUAGCAGAAAGGAGGAGGAGUGCCCCAUCUCUUAUCCUGGAUAAAGCCCUACAAAAAAAGCCCAGUACCAAGGAAAGUCCUGCUGCCAGUGUGGACACAUGUACAUUUCUCUCCUCAUUUGUGUGUUCCAGUAGGACUCUGCUAAUUGAUGGCCGGGUAGAGCUCAAACGAGGUCUGCAGAGGCAGGAGCGGCAUCUUUUCCUGUUCAACGAUCUGUUUGUUGUGGCCAAAAUCAAAUAUAACAACAACUUUAAGAUAAAAAAUAAAAUAAAAUUAAGUGACAUGUGGACAGCAAGUUGUGUGGAUGAAGUGGGAGAAGGCCACACCAAUGCCGUGAAAUCCUUUGUCUUAGGCUGGCCCACAGUGAACUUUGUGGCCACUUUCAGUUCUCCAGAACAAAAGGACAAAUGGCUCUCUCUCCUUCAGAGAUACAUCAAUCUAGAGAAAGAGAAGGACUACCCGAAGAGCAUUCCCCUCAAAAUCUUCGCCAAGGACAUUGGGAAUUGUGCCUAUUCUAAAACUAUAACAGUAACGAAUUCAGAUACAGCAAAUGAAGUUAUCAACAUGUCACUACCCAUGCUAGGGAUAACUAUUUCCCCAGAUUCAGGUCAGAAGACAUUUAAAAGGAGACGAUCUAUCAUAAACUGGGCCUUCUGGCGUGGUUCUAGCACUCAUCUGGAUAACUUGCCCAUGUCGCCAACAUCUCCUAUGCCAGGCCAGCUCUUUGGAGUCUCUCUCCCAGAUAUUUGUGAGAAUGACAAUCUGCCUAAACCUGUCUUGGAUAUGCUUUUCUUUCUUAAUCAAAAAGGACCUCUCACAAAAGGGAUCUUCAGACAAUCGGCCAAUGUGAAAUCCUGCAGAGAGCUAAAAGAGAAACUGAAUUCUGGAGUUGAAGUACACCUAGACUGUGAAUCUGUUUUUGUGAUAGCGUCUGUCUUAAAGGAUUUUCUACGAAAUAUUCCAGGAAGUAUUUUUUCAUCAGAUCUCUAUGAUCACUGGGUCUGUGUCAUGGAUCAAGGAAAUGAUGAAGAGAAAAUAAAUACAAUUCAAAGGCUAUUAGACCAGCUUCCGAGAGCCAAUGUUGUUCUCCUAAGGUAUCUUUUUGGGAUAUUACACAACAUUGAGCAGCAUUCCUCAUCCAAUCAGAUGACUGCAUUUAAUUUAGCGGUGUGUAUUGCUCCAAGCAUUCUUUGGCCUCCUACUUCCUCCAGCCCAGAACUAGAAAAUGAAUUUACAAAAAAGGUUUCUCUGCUUAUACAAUUUCUGAUUGAAAAUUGCUGUAGGAUAUUUGGAGAAGAAAUCACUUCCCUCUUGGGACAGGUUUCAGUGAGAUGUGAUACUAGAGAGAAUGCCUCAGAUAUCUCUUGCUUCCAACUGAAUGACUCCUCCUAUGACAGCUUGGAAAAUGAGCUAAAUGAGGAUGUUGAUGCUCCUUGUAGUGACUUGGUAAAGAAACUUGGUCAGGGUAGCAGAAGCAUGGACUCUGUAUUAACCCUCAGUGACUAUGACCUCGACCAGCCUGAGGUGGAAGGCCUUUUAACCCUGAGCGACUUUGACUUGGACCGUUCUAAAGAUGAAGACAUUCAGAUGGAACGGCCUCGUGAAUCCAAGCCAGUGAACAUUGCAGUAGCGUACGCAAAGGUCCCACUGCGCGAUCAUGCCAGGGCCCCAUCUGGCAUGAGCACACCCAGCUACCUGUCCACAGCUGCAGCAGAUGUUCCGAAAAGUCUGAGGCGACACCGUCGCUGCUCAGAGCCCAGCAUCGAUUAUCUAGAUUCUAAGCUUUCCUAUCUCAGGGAAUUUUAUCAGAAAAAGCUACGCAAGUCCAGCUGUGAUGCAAUUCUCUCACAAAAAGAUGAGGAUUAUCUGAAGCAGAAUCAACCCCUCCAGGAAGAGGGUAAGACCUAUUUUAAACAGAGUUUAGUCACAGGCACUGAUACCAAGAAAAAUGCCACUAAUAAAAAUGUUAAGAAGAAAAGCUUAUCUGGUAAUGAAGGAAAUCAUGUGAAACUUUUUUCUAAAUCCAAGCCAGUGGCCAUUUCUGUGGCAUCUUAUAGUCACAUAUCCUCACAGGAUCAUCCCAGGAACCAGCCCUUUGGUGCAGAUACAUCUGGAUACUCCCCACCAAACACAGCAGAUGCCCUCAAGGGUUCAAGGAGGCACCGGCGCUGCUCAGAGCCCAACAUGGAUGACCAGCACUGCAAACUGACCUAUCUCAGGGGAAUUUAUUCAAAGAAACAACAUAAAACUAGCUAUGAAGCUGGUCUCUUGCAUGGAGAAGAAGAUUAUCUCAAGCGGCACAAGUCACUGCAGAUGGAGGGGCAAAAGCUCAUUAAUCAGAGUUUGGUCAUGGGGAUUGAGGUGGGCAAGAGUAGUGGCACAAACCAAAACACUGAGAAGGGUUUACCCCCAAGAUUAAACAUCUGCCCAAGGACUAGCUAUUCCAGCUUGUCCUCCCCAGGAACUUCCCCAUCUGGCUCAUCAGUGAGCUCCCAAGACAGUGCUUUUUCUCAGAUUUCUGAACACUCUGUGUUUACCCCCACUGAAACUUCCUCUCCAAUAGAUUGCACUUUUCAAGCUCAAAGAAAACAAGAAGAGCUUUCUUCUGAUUUUAGCAAUUCCAGCCUCAUUUCUGCAACUCCUGGUCCCUCAUCAGGGCAGGCCAGCAGCCGCCUGGCUUAUACGAAAAAGGAUACUGUAGAAUGGCAUUCACAAAUACAUUCUGUAACUCUUCACCCAAGCACAUGGUUGAGAAAUGGUGUGGCCAGUUUGAAAAACUGGUCCCUCAAAAAGAAGGUAAGGGCAUCCAGACCAGAGGAAAAGAAAGUAAGUUUUCUAAAAGGACCCAUGGAGCCAUCUCCACAUGCUCCUGGUAUAUCAGAAGCCAACCCAGUACAAGAGAGACAGAAAGACAUGCCCCAAAGGGCACCUGAAGAACUUGGAACUGUGCAAACAGCCCAGUGGUACAGUUCUUACCCCAGCCAGGACUCAGAGAGACACUGUAGGUCUCCAUUCAGCCUAGUGGAGGACAGACUCAAGCUCUGUGCGAAGUCACACAAGGAUGGAGAGAAUAGUGAGCAGUGCUCUCCUGGUACUCUGCCUUGUAAGAGAUCCUCACCCAGCUCUUUGUCUGUGGAUGAUCUGUCCAGCCCAGACACAGAGCCUACAGUGGUUGGCGAUACUGGGGACCAACAUUUAGCCAAAGACAUUUAACCACAGUAAGAAUGUGAUGUGUAUAAGGACAGAGACAAGUCUAAGAAUCUGAUGUCUACAAGAACAGAAACUGGGCUAAUAGUGAUAUAAAGACAAGAUUAUUAUGACCCCUUUGUAUAAAUACAUGGGAUGGGUAGCAUAAGGAUAAUCACUGCUAAUACUUAGGACAACAAAAGAAUUCUCUUUAUUGAGACCAUUUGGCAACACGUUUAGACUAAAAAAUUUCAUCACCUGGAGGCUUUUCCUUAUUAGAGCCUGGGAUCGGUCCCGUCAUGUGUUUUUAGAGGUAUUAGCAGAGAGCCAGAGAAAACAUCUUCUGUAGAGGAAACAUGCCUUACAUGAGAUUAGUAUCCUGAAAAGGCCAGGAUAUCAUAAGUGAAGAAUAAGGACUGUGGAGAGAGGGGAAGGGUGCAGAGAAACAUACACAUUCCAUGGAAUGUUUUCAAUAACUACGCAAGAAAAAUGCCACUAAUCAUUAAAGUAUUAAAAAAAAAAAAAAAAGAAAGCAUGUCCAGUAUUGAAGGAAAUCAUGUAAAACGUUUCCCUGAAUCCAAGCUAGUAGGCAUUUCUGUGACAUUCUAUAGUCAUAUGCCCUCACAGGAAGAUUCCAGGAAUCAGCCCAUCGAUGCAGCUAGAAUGGAAUAAACUAGAAUGAUUCAACAGCCAUGAGUAUCAUAGUUUAUUUGUUGGUUGUUUCAUUGAUUUAUUUUUCCAUUGGUGUUCCACUGCUCUGCAAAGGCUCCAGGACAUAGAGCUCUGAGGAGAAAGAAGGAAAGGUUGCUCAUUUCGAUAUCCUUUUCAGAGGUGCUGUGCUUAGGGACAUUCUCCAGAAAUGCAACUUUUCCUAUUAGAAGGUGACCUCCUGACAGCAUUCAUUAUCCUAGUGUGGAGGAAAAGAUCGCCAAACCAGUCCUUUCUCUGUUACACGAAGUUGUUGCCAACAUGUGACCAAAGCAUGGCCCCUCUUUGCUGAAAAAUGUUUUUCUACAGCCCUGCCUCUUAGAUUAGCGAGCCAGAAAAAUUACUGAUAAAUUGUCCCUUUUCUGAUUGUCAUUGGCAGUUGAGUAAUUUUAAGUUGGCAGGUUUUAUAAAGAGUCACAGAAUGGAACGCCCACCAAAGCAGCAGUCGGGUCUUCUCAGACAGUCAUUGGCUUUGGAUUUUCUCACCUCCAGAAGUUUUACAUAUUUUUGUCCCAGAUGAUUCAUGGUUUAUAUUCCAUUAGUUUAUCUCAUAUCCAUGAAUACUUCUCCCCUCUCUUGCCUUAAAGAUUAUACCAGUAUAUCCCCUGGGUUAUCUCCAUGGAUUGGUUAGGCCUCACCAGCCAGUACGGAGGGAUAGAAUCAGGAAUGGAUGUGCAUCUUCCUUCAUUGUAACUACUUACUUAUAAGAAGUUCCUUAGAACCCAUUUGGCCUCUUUAGUUCACCAUCAGAUGGACCUUUCUCCCACAAACUAACUUAUACCAAAUUAUUUUUCUUGGCCACUAGAAAACUUUCAUGUCAAAUGUUCUUUCCCUGUUGUCCUAAAGGUUGCAUUUUUCAGUUAUAGAAAAAAUAAUAAUGUUUUCUGUAAAGUAGAAGUCCUUUCAGUAUUAGCUAUACAUGAUGCCUACCUCUACGGGACAUGGCCCUGUUGGCCCUAAGCAUUGUAAUUAACUCUCAGAACUCUGUAUCCAAAGAGCUCCUUCAUGACACUGGCCAUCUCAGUCACAGAUGUGAAGUAGAUUUUACCUUAUAAACAGCCACUCCUAUAUUUAGACUCCUGAGUGUCCAUAUGCAUCUUUUGUGGUAUAAUAUAUAAAGGCAACAGGGAUUCAUUCCCCUUACCCUUAGGGCAUACUACUGUCGGAACUGCAAGAUGUGAAAAAAGUUCUUACGGCUUGGAGUGUCUUUCUGGAAGAACUUGUUUCUCCACUUAACAAAAUAAUAGUUCUCUCCUUUUUUUCAUUCAUAUGGUUGGGUAGAAAAUUAUCCACCCAAUUUGAAGCAUAGAAGAAAAUAGAUGCUGAGGUUUUCCAUAACCAUUCCUAUUCCCUGUGUUCCCUUAGAUACUCCUGUAAUACUUAAUGUGAAUAGUUUGUUAAUAUUGCUGUAAAGUAUUAUAUUGUAUGAUUGGAAGACAGACUACGUGUCAUUUUAUUAUACUCUGUCAAUCUAUAAUAUAUUAGACUGAUGCUUUAUCUAAAAUGCUUUGAGUUUGUAUAAUAUAUCUUGACAAAUUUUACUACCAUAUGUAAUGUAAUAAAUGUGUAUUUUUGUACUUGCAGAAACUGCUGCUAACUUUUAAAGUUGUUUGGUUUUCGAAGCACUGAUAAUGGAUAUGUAUGAAGUCCAUGCUGUCUAUUAAAUAAAAAAAAAAAAUUCUGUAGCAUUAACAAUC